UUUUGUACUUCUUCACAAGUUAAAAACUCUAUCCUCUAAGACGGCAUGUUUUCGGGGUAUGGGUUCGCUAGUCAACAUUGAUCUUGGCAGAGACAUGCAACUCAGCACCAACGUUGCGUCUAUAAAACCUACUUUUCGUCCUCGUCCCAUGAACCUCCCUGCGCAUCAUCUCCUUCGCUCAAUACAAGGAAACUAAUCCAACCUUUACACAGAACAUGAAACCCUCGUGCUUCCGCGUCAUCUUUCUUCUUCCUUUCCUCCUAAAACUUGGCUUGGUCGCCGGUAGCCGCGCGUUCUGUGGGCCGAUCCCUGCUACCGAUGCUGAGCUGAUCCAUGUCGCGAUGAACUUGGAGUUCUUGGAGGCUGAGUUCUUCCUCUACGGCGCGCUCGGCAAAGGGCUCGACAGCAUCGCACCGUACCUGGCUCUGGGUGGCCCACCCCCGACCGGAGGCAAGAGGGCCAAUCUCGACCCUCUAGUCCAGCAGAUCAUCGAGGAGUUCGGCUACGAGGAAGUCGGCCAUCUCAGGGCAAUUUAUACAACAGUAGGUGGAAUUCAAAGGCCGCUAAUAGACAUAAGCGCGCACAAUUUUGCAAUGAUAGUGGAUGAAGCUCUUGGGCACAAAUUGUGGCCUCCGUUUGACCCAUACUUGGACACGGUCAACUAUCUCUUGGCUUCAUAUCUCAUCCCUUAUGUGGGAUUAACUGGUUAUGUUGGUACCAUCCCCAACCUUUCCAACUUCACCACCAAAGCCCUCGUGGCGGGGCUCUUGGGCGUGGAAGCCGGUCAAGACGCGGUGAUUCGGACGCUCCUCUACGAGCGGGCCCUCGAGAAGGUCGUGCCGUACGACAUCACAGUGGCGGAGUUCACCAACUCGUUCUCCAUCCUGAGGAACGAGCUCGGCAUGUGCGGGAUCAAGGACGAGGGCAUCAUCGUGCCCCCGGCGCUCGGGGCCGAGCAGAGGAUCGAGACCAACGUGCUGUCCGCGAACAGGUCAUCUCUGUCGUACCCGAGGACGCCACAGGAGGUCCUGAGGGUCGUGUAUGGGACCGGGGACGAGCACAUCCCCGGCGGGUUCUUCCCGGACGGCGCGAACGGAGAGAUCGCCAGGAGAUUCCUGGAGAAGAAGGCUUAGGGAACAUCUGAUGUAUGGCUGUGGAGUGGACUGAAUAAGUUUCAAUAAUCAGGAUUUGUUUGCCGAUUAAUAGCUCAUAUGAUAUCAACCCAGAUUGACGAGCCUUUCGCAUU